AUGACAGGACCCCUGGAGUGUCGGCCAGUCAGGGAGUCACGACAGAACCGCUGGAGAGUCAACCAGCCGGAAAGUCACAACAGGACCCCUGGAGUGGCAGCCAGUCAGUGUGUCACGACAGGACCCCUGGAGUGUCGGCCAGUCGGUGAGUCACGACAGGACCCCUGGAGUGUCGGCCAGUCAGGGAGUCACGACAGAACCGCUGGAGAGUCAACCAGCCGGAAAGUCACAACAGGACCCCUGGAGUGGCAGCCAGUCGGUGUGUCACGACAGGACCCCUGGAGUGUCAGCCAGUCAGUGUGUCACGACAGGACCCCUGGAGUGUCAGCCAGUUGUCUGUCCAGGUCCAACCCCAUGGACGAUGCGGGCUUCUUCUCCUUCACCUCGUUUGCCUGGAUGACUCCCAUGAUGUGGAGCCUGUUCAGGAACCGACUGGACAAGAGCUCCUUGUCUCUGUCUUCUCAUGAUGGGGCCGAAACCAAUGGGAAGAGGUUUGAGAGGCUUUGGGAGGAAGAGGUAGCUAAGGUGGGACUAGAGAAAGCUUCUUUAGGUGGAGUCUUCAUGCGCUUCCAAAGGACCCGAUCACUGGUGGCCUUCCUCGUCGCCAUCCUCUUCGCGCUCUCUGUGUUUAUCGGACCGGCGGUUCUGGUGUAUGAUCUGAACUAUGCAGAAAACCCUGGGUCGUCUACUCUGCUCCACGGUGUGGGUCUGUGUGUGGUUCUGUUCAUCUCAGAGUUCUCCAAAGCCUUCUUUGCCUCUCUACUGUGGGCUGUUAACCUGAGGACGGCCAUCAGGGUGAAGAGUGCCUUCUCUGUCGUCGCCUUCCGGAAGAUCAUCUCUCUCAGAUCCGUCAGCAACCUCUCUGUGGGAGAGAUGAUCAACGUGCUGACCAGUGAUGGCUACAGGAUGUUUGAGGCUGUGCUGUUUGGUACCUUCCUGCUGUGUAUCCCUGUGCUACUGAUCGCCUGUAUGAUCUACGCCUGCUACACUCUAGGAUACACUGCCCUCAUAGGGGUCUCUGUCUACCUCGUCUUCAUCCCCAUACAGUUUUUCAUGGCCAGACUGAUCCAAGUGUUCAGGAGGAAAGCGGUGAGCGUCACAGACACUCGUGUCCGCACCAUGAACGAGGUUCUCACCUGCAUCAAACUCAUCAAGAUGUAUGCCUGGGAAACCUCCUUCGAGAAGAAAAUCACCGACAUCAGGAACAAUGAGAAGCAGCUGCUGGAGAUGGCUGGCUACAUCCAGAGUAUCAACUCCUCCAUCACAACCAUCAUCCCCACCCUGGCAACCAUCCUCACCUUCGUAGUCCACACCCUGCUGGGCCUGCCCCUCAGCUCCUCGGAAGCUUUUACCACAAUCGCCAUCUUUGCAACAUUCACCUGGGCCGUGCCUGAAGGUGUACGGGGGUUGAAGGGAGGGAAGGUGGUGUGCGGGACUCACACACCGGGCAAGUGUGCCGUGUCCAUCUCCUUCAACCUGUAUGAGGGAAACCUGCUUGGUAUCUGUGGCAACGUGGGAAGUGGAAAGACAUCGCUGAUAUCGAGCAUCUUAGAACAGAUGCACCUGCAGAAUGGUUCAGUCACAGCAGACGGAGAGUUUGCCUACGUUUCCCAGCAGGCCUGGAUCUUCCACGGCACGGUCCAAGACAAUAUCUUGAUGGGGGAACCCUUCAACCAGACCAGACAUCAUCCUCCUGACGACCCUCUGUCUGCGGUGGACGCCCACGUAGGGAAAAACAUAUUUGAGGAGUGUAUCAAGAAGACCCUGAAGGGGAAGAGUAUUAUCCUGGUCACCCAUCAACUACAGUAUCUGGAGUUCUGUGAUGAGAUACUGGUGUUGGAGAGUGGGAAGAUAAAGGAGGCAGGGACACACAAAGCUCUGAUGAAAACUAAAGGCCGAUACGCACAGAUGAUCAACAACUUCCAGACGGAGCAUUCACAGGAACAACCCGAGGAGCAGCCACACAUACAUUCUAAGGACCAGCUGGUGACUCAGGAGGGUUCUCAGGAGGGUUCUGUUGCCUGGAGGACCUACCACCAGUACUGUAAAGCUGCAGGAGGGUACAUACUGCUGUCUCUCAUCAUCAUCAUCUUCAUCUGCUUGGUGGGGACCACUGCCUUCAGCAACUGGUGGCUCAGCUACUGGCUGGAGCAGGGAUCAGGGACAGCGAACGUGUCGAAUUCCACCGCAGGGAACAUCUCCCUGAACCCUGACCUGAGCUUCUACCAGAUGAUUUACGGCCUGGUGGUGGUGGCCAUGCUGGUCUUCAGCUUCAUCAAGGGCUACUCUUUCACCAAAGUCACGUUGCAUGCAUCCUCCAAGCUACACGACACCAUGUUCAGAAACAUCCUGAACAGCCCCAUGAGUUUCUUUGACACCACCCCAACGGGACGUAUGGUGAACCGUUUUUCCAAGGACCAGGAUGAGGUGGACACCAUGCUGCCCUUCAACAUGGAGAACUUCCUACAGUUCAGCCUGAUGGUCACCUACACCAUCGUCACCAUCUCGGCCGUGUUCCCUCCCCUACUCAUCGCCAUCACGCUGCUGGGAGCCAUCUUUACACUCAUACUCUAUAUAUUCCAGAGGAGCAUCAGAGAGAUGAAGAGGAUGGAGAACGUGAGUCGUUCCCCCUGGAUCUCCCUGACCACCUCCACCAUCCAGGGCCUCACUACCAUCCACGCCUACAACAAGAGAGAGCAGUACAUCCAGCAAUUUAAGGAGAUGAGCGACAACAACUCCAACCACUUCCUGUUGUUUAACUGUGGGACACGCUGGCUGUCCUUCUGGCUGGACUUUCUGUCUGCCUCAGUCACUCUGCUGGUGGCUCUGUUCGUGGUGCUCAGUUCUCCUGAUACCAUCAGCCCUGCUAUGAAGGGCCUGGCGCUGUCAUACACCAUACAGUUGACAGGUAUGCUCCAGUACGUGGUAAGGCUGUCUACGGAGCUGGAGGCCAAGUUCCUGUCAGUGGAGAGACUACAGGAGUACAUCGAGGGUUGUGUCUCUGAGGCGCCCAGGAGAGUUAAAGACGCCCUCAUCCCAGAGGGUUGGCCUCAUAAAGGGGCCAUCUCCUUUAAGGACUAUACGAUGAGGUACAGAGCGAACACUCCCAUCGUGCUCGAUGGACUCCAGCUCAACAUCCAGCCCAGGGAGAAGCUGGGCAUCGUGGGGAGGACAGGCUCUGGGAAGUCUUCUUUAGGAGUGGCCCUGUUCCGCCUGGUGGAACCAGCUGCUGGGACGAUCUUCAUAGAUGGGGUGGACACCAGUGCUAUCGGCCUGGAGGACCUCCGCAGUAAACUGUAUAUCAGUCAUAAACCCCAGGACCCUGUCCUAUUCAUCGGCACUGUCAGGUAUAAUCUGGAUCCUUUCAACAACUAUAGUGACGAGGACAUCUGGUCUGCUCUGGAUAAGACCUUCAUGAAACACACAAUCUCCAGUCUCCCUGAGAAGCUGCAGUCGGAGGUCGUGGAGAACGGGGAGAACUUCUCUGUAGGAGAGAGACAGCUGAUGUGUAUGGCCAGAGCACUGCUACGAAACUCGAAGAUCAUCUUGUUGGACGAGGCGACGGCGUCGAUCGACUCAGAGACGGACUCUCUGAUCCAGCACACCAUCAGAGACGCGUUCCAGGACUGUACCAUGCUGACUAUCGCUCACCGCAUUAACACUGUCCUGGAGUCAGAUCGUAUACUGGUCAUGGACGCCGGAAGGGUGGUUGAGUGUGACAGUCCAGAGGUCCUGAUGUGUUCUCUGUUUGCAGCUGUUCUGUGUGUGUGCCAACACCGUGUGUUCAUGAGCCUGGACACACCCCCAUCUGUAGUCUGGACACCCCCCAUCUGUAGUCUGGACACACCCCCAUCUGUAGUCUGGACACACCUCCAUCUGUAG